GAGCCCGGACCGGAGCGGACAGCCCCGGCUCCCUUCGAUCGGACAGAGCCCGGACAGAGCCCUCGGAACGGACUGGACUGAACAGACCCCGGGCAGAGCCCGCUUCCUUCAGCCGGGCCCCAUCCCGCUCCCUGAUCCCAUUCCCGCUCCCUGAUCCCAUUCCCGCUCCCUCAGCCCGGCCCGGCCCCUCUCGCCAUGAGCUUCCUCUUUGGGAGCCGUUCCUCCAAAACCUUCAAGCCCAAGAAGAACAUCCCCGAGGGCUCCCACCAGUACGAGCUGCUGAAGCACGCGGAGGCCACGCUGGGCAGCGGCAACCUGAGGCAGGCCGUGAUGCUGCCCGAGGGGGAGGACCUCAACGAGUGGAUUGCUGUCAACACUGUGGAUUUCUUCAACCAAAUCAACAUGUUGUACGGGACCAUCACGGAAUUCUGCACGGAGAGCAGCUGCCCUGUCAUGUCUGCAGGGCCCAGGUGAGGGCUCUGCUGGGGGCUGGGGACACAUUUCUCACUGGGGACACGGGUGGGUGCCCAGAGCACUCAGGGGUGUGGAGAGAGAAGCAAAGAAGG